CCCAGCCUUCCAGCUGGAAUCUGUUGCUCGCCUUGUCUGGGCUGCAGCCGCCGUGCAGAUCCUCUGGACCCCCCUCCCUUCCCCCCUUGACCCCACCCCAAAAUCUCCCCCGGCUCCCCAUUCUCCCCUCUCCCACCCGCGGACCCUGGGAAGAAAGGGGGCCAGCAGCUCCGCAAGAUGUGAGCCCGGGAGAGGCGGAGGCAGGCAGGCAGGCGAGGGGGGGGGCUGCCUUGGCCCCUUCCCCACCCGGGCUGGGAAAGGCGGAGAGGAGCGGAGCGGCGAUGGAGGGAAGCAGCGCAGCCCGCCUCGGGGGUCGGUGUCGCGAUUGCUAGGGGACCCCCCCCCCGGGCGUUGCGAAGCCUCCGGGGAUGGGUCGGAGCGAGAAGCCGGGAGGCGAAUUCUUCUGACUCCCGCCCCCUCCCCAUCCCUUCCCAAGCCCGCUCCGGACGGAGAAGAGCCCGGGGACCCCAGCCUCACCAUGCCCGAAGGUGCCCGCCGGGGCAGCACCAAGGAAAGAGGCAACCCAGCAGCCCCCAGGCCCUCCUCUACCUCCUCGCUGGCUGGAAUCGGGACCAAGAUGGCGUCGGACCCCAUUCUGGGCAGCUGCACCUCGGUGAACACCGUCUGCUCGGACAGCGACCGCCCUGUCAGCCUCAGCUCUUCGGCCUCCUCCGCCUCUUUGCAGGACGGCUCCAGUGCCUUUGGCAGCAGCAUCGGGCUGGGGGGCUGCCCUCCUCCUUACUCCCAGCAAAACGGCAGCGACAUCAGCCUGGAUCUGACUCCCGUGACGCUGCUGGAUCGGCUGGCGGACACCGCGGGAGACGGGCAGCAGUGCUGCGGCUGGGCGCCGGGUCCCGGCCGGGCCAAAGAACGCCGGAUCAAGCCGUCCCAUCUGGACCGGGUGGUGCUGGAGAUUGUGGAAACCGAGCAGGCUUACGUCCGGGAUCUCAGGAGCAUCGUGGAGGAUUACCUGGGCUGCAUUAUCGACUGCGGACAGGUGUCCCUGAAACCGGAACAAGUCGGUGCUUUGUUUUGCAACAUCGAGGACAUUUACGAGUUCAACAGUGAGCUGCUAGAGGAUCUGGAGAGGAACACCAGUGCCCACGCAAUCGCGGACUGCUUUGUGCAAAGGAGCGAAGAAUUUGAUAUCUACACUUUGUACUGCAUGAACUACCCCAACUCUGUCUCGGUGCUCCGGCAGUGCAUGGAGGAUGAAUCCCUGGCGAAAUUCUUCCGGGAGAGGCAGGCCACUCUCUCGCACUCGCUGCCACUGGAGACGUACCUUCUCAAGCCGGUCCAGCGAAUUCUGAAGUACCAUCUGCUGCUGCAGGAACUAGCCAAACAUUAUGACAAGAGCAGUCCUGGCUACGACUCGGUGGAAGAGGCCAGCAUCACCAUGACGGCGGUGGCUUGGUACAUCAAUGACAUGAAGCGGAAACAGGAACAUGCCAGUCGGCUGCAGGAGAUCCAGGGUUUGCUGGCUGGCUGGACUGGUCCGGAGCUGGGGGCCUUUGGGGAGCUGAUCCUGGAGGGUCAGUUCCGGGUGCCACGAGCCCGCAAGGAGAGGGUCUUCUUCCUUCUCAGCAAAGUCCUGCUGAUCGCCAAGCGGCGCGGGGAGACCCUCGUCUACAAGAGCCACAUCUUUUGUUGCAACCUGGCGCUCCAGGAGAACACCAAGGACCCUCUGAGCUUCAAACUCUCGGACCUCUCUAUUCCCAAACAGCAACACACCGUCCAGGUGAGGAAUCAGGAAGAGAAGCGACUUUGGAUUCAUUACCUGAAGCGCUUGAUUGUGGAAAACCACCCGGCCUCCAUUCCCCAGAAGGCCAAGCAAGUCCUCCUGGAGAACAGCUUCCAGGGCUCCCCAGACGUGGUCUUCAGCCCCGAGACCCCCAAGAAGCCCCUGCCUUCUCCUCCGCUGGACGAGUCCAGGGCCGGCAUUCGUGGCCGGCGGCAAUCAGAGCCUCCGGAGUCCAUGUACAGCCCUGAGAGAAUCCGGCGGAGCUGCCCCAUUUUACAGCUGGAGAAAAGCGGCUCUUAUCGCCGGGGCCGCAGGCAGUCAGAGCCAGCCAAGGAAUCUCAGAUUAUAUUUCAUCCAGCAAACGGGGCCAGGUUAAAGCAUGCGGACAGCGAGGGAGACCUCUUCCCCACCAGCGAGCCCCUCCUCUCCUCCAGCAGCUCCUGCACGCUGGCCUCAGCCAAACCAGAGGAGGAAGCCGAACCCUCGGACCUGGAAGCGGAGGAGGCCGAAUUCUCCCUGGCACAAGACCCGCUUACCACCAACCUCUCCAUCACCGAGGAGAUCCUGGAGCUACUUAGCCAACGGGGCCUGGACAAGGACACUGGAAAGGAGGGGAGGUUUUGGAGAGAAAGUAGCUCCGAAGCCCCCAGCUCGGCUCUGCAGGAUCCGCUCUCGACCAAGGAUGGCGUAGAAGAACAGGAGGACAAAAUGGAAGAGCAGCAGGAGGAGGAGAAUGGGGUCUUCCAGGAGGAGGCCCCCUCUCUCCCUCCCCAAGGGAGCUCCCUCCAAGAACAGUUGCUCCCCGCACUCCCCCACCCCUUCGGCAGCGACUCUUCUGAAGAAGAGGACCUCCACCGACCGCAGGAAUCCUCCGGUCCCUCUCCUCUGCAUGUCCUGGAAGAUCUCCCCUUGGAGGAGACCAGCAGCUCAGCCUCCAUAGGGCAGGAGGCUGCCCAGGGGGAAAGCCAGACCCCCAACUCUUCGACCAGGCCUCACUCCUGCCCCAUAAGCUCCACGGGCGGCUUCGGCAGUGAGGAGCAAAACACGGAGGUAGACCCCAACCUGACCAGGGACGACUGGGUUCUGCUGGAGAAGAUCCAGAGCUACUGCCAAAGCGUGGAAGGGGGCAAGAAGGGGCCGGAGGUCGCCAAGGAAGAGGGGGUCCCCCCAGUUCCCGCCGGGGUGGUGCGAGAAUCCGUCCUGCGGUUCAACAGCAUCUCCAAGCAGCAGGAGGCUCUGGGAGAAGAGGGAGGAGCCCAGCUUAGAAGGCUCCGCCCACAAUCCGGCCACCUAAGCCGGACCCGGAGUCAAUCCUGCAGCAGCCAACAUCUGUCCGUCCCCAAAACCACCACCGGACGGAGUCGGGCGCUCACAACAAUCGAGCGGAACCAUUCGGAUGCGGGUUGCUUCCCUGCGCAGCCUGAGAGUCCCGAGGGGCAGGGGGCAGAGAAGGGGGACCCCUCUGAUGCUCCCCCAGAAGCUUUGGGGAGAGAAAGAAAGCAGCGGGAGCCGAGCAACGGAUCGGAGGAGAGUCCCGAAGAGCCCGGGUUCCGAUCCUGUGCAGAAAUCCGGCGGGCUUGGCAGGAGAAGGAGCGGAGCGCUAAGGACACCCCCAAGAAGGGGGCUCAGGGGGUCAAGCGGAGAGUCUUCUGCUCCCCCGAUCGGCCUGUGUACGCAGAGCCCCUCUGCAUCGUGGAGGAUUCGGACUUGGAGGACCCUCUCCGGGCUCCCAGCAAGGAACCGGACGUCCCCCUGGGGCAGCCGAGGGACGGGUGGGCGAAGGAGGGGCUCCCUGCCUCGGCGGACUUCCUGCCAGCCCUGGGCCUCUAUCAGAGCGACGGGGAGCCCUGCCUUCUGGAGAACUCCGAGCGGAUAAUCAGCAAGGUCCAAGCCCUGGCCAGGAUGUACAGCGACAAGAUCAGCCGGCUGAAGUCCCAGAAGUGGACCUUGGAGAGGCCCGGCGUGCGGCCCCGGGGCCCCCACCAGAAGGCCUUGGGCAGGGGCCAGGAAGCCUUGCAGGAGAGCCAGCAAGGAGGAAGCUUCCCCCAGUGUGAGCCCCAAAUCUACGGCCACGUGCUGAUCCACGAGUCCCUCCCACAUGUGGUCGGCAUCCAGGAGAACACGCCUCUGGUGGCCGCCACGCGUGAAACAGCCGUGGUGCUGCACAGCGACAGACCCUGCCGGCUUCUUUCGCCUCAGAUCCUGGCCUCACUGCAGCACGACUUGCACGAACCGCUGCCCCCUCCUUCGGGGGUCCCCAUGGGAGGAGAAAAGACGCUCGCGGCCCCCGCAGUGGGAGGAGGAGGAGGAGGAGCAGGGAGCCCCAGGGGUCUCUCGUGGACAGAGGGCCCUUCCUCCACCCUGGCCCCCAGCCCACAGAAGGGCCCUCCCGCGUCUUCCAAAGCGUCACACCGGAUGGAGCACGGAGGGAAGAGCGACCACGGAAACCCAGGUCCCCGUGAGCCAGGCUGGAAUAUGGAGGGGGGCAGUCGGCCUCCGGAGACCAGGCUCCACCCCAAGAUUUCUGUGGGUGCAGAGCAAGCCAGCCCUGCCCCCCAACCGCAGCAAGGCCUCAGCGACCACAGUUCUGACAAUGUUUCCGUCUCUUGGGAGCCCCCCAAGGAACCCAAGGCCAGGACAGCCGGCUGCCCCAUUUUCUGCCUGCUGGAGGGGCCCCUGGCCCCAGCAUCGGGAAAGGGCCACUCCCCACCAAGCACUGGGGGGAGAAGCCAUUCACCCCUUUUUUCGGAGAGUAAGGGCCCAGACCGAGAGGCAACGGGGCUCAGCCAGGAAGCCUCUGGGACGCCGCCUGGGGGGCUCCACCAGUGUCCCCCAAAACCUUCUGCUGCUUCUGAACCCACCACAGCCACCCAGCCCCUGCCACUUGACUCCUCCACUGAGGGGCUGCCCUCCCCACCCCAGGAAGCCCUUCCCGCUGCCCCUUCUGAACUCCCGGCCGGGGUGGAGUCCCCCGUGUGCAUCGCAGGGCAAUGCCCCAGGGUGCCACUCCCCAAAUUCCUCCCCUCGUCCCCCGUCCGCCGAUGCCUCUCGUCCAGCGCUGCUGCCAUCUCCAGGUACAUUGCCGCCUCCUGCAUCUCUCAAAGUCUGGCCAAGAGGAAUGGCGUCCCUCCCCCCGAGGACCCCCAGGGGCCCUGGCUGCCAGCCGACCCCCUGGCUUCACUCCCCAAGGCAGCACCCAGGCGUCAUCGGAACCCAGGAAGGCCAGAGAUGGUGGUCGCCUCCUCCUCCUCUCAGUGCAUUGGCCCUGGGCCCCUCUCCCCCUCUCCUUGCAGACCCCCCUUGUCGGGACCCCCGGCUCUUGAACGAUGCCCCCCCUUCUCCUCUGCCUCGGCCCCCAACUCUCGUGUGCAGUCCCCCGUGAGGCCCAGGAUGUGUUCGCCCCCUCCAGGAGGAGCCCACCCCUGCACUUUCAGGCCCCUGGGGGUCCACCCGCAGAAGCAGCCCCCCGUCCCCAUGGCCCACCCAGAGCCCUGGACGCCAGGCCUCUCCUGUCCCACGGUCUGCUUGAGAGCCCAAAGGACCCUCCUGCCAUCUGAAGAGCCAUCCCCCAAUGGGGGGCCCCAGGAAUCCUCGGGCUCCGAGGCCUCAUCCGGAAGUGGCCCCCACUCCCACGAACUGGGCAGCAUCAGGUGGCCGAACGUGCCGAAUCUGUGUUUGAAAUACGUCAACCAAGAGGAGUGGACAGGCGGCUCCCCAAGACUGCAGCUUGAGAUGGGGGAGCACUGCCCCAAACGGGGAGCCCCCUUGAGCCUGGACACGGCUCGGUUCCCCGAGAAGGGUCCUCAGAAGGCCAGUUACUCCACCACAGUCAACAUCCAGAUUGGGUGCAGCGGUCGGAUCUCCUCAUUUAGUAACGCUCAGGUCAGCCUGACGCAUCCUCUCUCGGCCACGCUGGAGCAGCGGAGGGUCAAUGGCGGUGAGGCCGAGACGCCCCCAAAACCGGGCACCUGAAGGCAUGAAGCUGGACGUGCCAGCGGAGCCCAACGUCCUGACAGUGCUGGCUGGAACCGGCCCUGACCACGCGGCCCAAGAAGAGGGUGAAGGUGCAGGCGGUUGGUGACCGCCAGCUGAGAGAUUGUCUUCUGGGUGCUGAGAAGACAGUAGAGACACACCAGAUUCCAGAAGAUCCUGAGAAGGGAUCUUGCCUCCUUCCUCCUCGCCAGAUCGAGCCUCCGUCGGUCUCAGCGUCUUGAGAGGGAGAACCAGAAGGCCAGGAAGGGACCAAACUGGGUUCACUGGUGGUCGCAGGAAGGCCGGGCGAGGGUUAAGCAAAUCAAACCCUCUUGAGAAGGGGGAAGGUUGCCAGUUGGGAAUUCUCUAUUGUGUCGCUUCCCUUUUUACUGGUUCUGAAUCCUUUGGAAAAGAGACAACUGUCACA